AUGAGCGAUUAUGUUGCUCCAGUACAAGAAGCAGAUUCUUACAAUGGUGCUAGUCAUGAUAACUUUACUUGGUCACAAAGUAUAAGUGACCUUGACGUGCUCCUGAACAUUCCUGACAGUCUGAUGAGCCCUCGUGACCUCAAAGUCAAUGUAUCGAGCAAAGAAAUCAAGGUCGAGAUUCUUGAAAAUGAUUUUAUGACCAGCUCCGAUUGUACGAAAAAAUGGUCAAUUUUUUUUCAAGCAGAAUUAUCUUUUCCUGUGAAAGAAAAUGAAAUUAUUUGGUGUAUGACUCCUAAAAAACACAUUCACAUUCAUAUGGAAAAAAAAUAUGAAAGAUGGUGGGAAGCUCUAAUAGUCGGAGAAUCCAAAAUAAAACUUGAUAAAAUUGAUCGUUCGCGUGAUUUUAAUGACCUUAAAGUAGACGAACAAAUGAAAUUACAAGAAUUGAUGUGGAAUGAAAAACAAAAAUUA